GCAGACUGGUCAACCAAGUAGUCCAUGCAUCAUCAUGGCAUAAGUAUGUUCUACUCGCACUGACAGAAUAUUUUACAGCGCGAUUGAAUUGCAUAGCGGACAGAAGGCAUGCAAUAGCACAUGGAACAGCUCGGGAGCUAGCCCGAAAAUUUAUAAAUGGCAAUUACCGACCCGGUCAGCCGAUCAAAGGGACAGCUGGAUUCGUCCUCCACUGACUCCUCCCUAUGACCGCACACAUACUUUAAUCAUAAAUUCCACUGUUCUCGAGCACAGAUUUUCGCUCACCGCUUUUCUCUACACAUAUACGCCGGGUCCACAGCAUGCUUCUCAAAUUUUCAAAGUCGGAUAUCCUAAACUCACCUCUUGUCUACCCUGAGACGGGUGCUCUUGGCUAUACCAUCCUUACCAGGUCCCACUUUAUUUGUGCCAGUGAUAAGGACUCAGACACGGAGAGUGAAGAUGAAAAUGGGGAGACUCGCAGGACCAUGAUAUUCAAUAAACUCGGGGAGAUCAUCGCUGAGAUUGGAUGGAAGGGCAAACAGCCGAUAGAGAUUGUUAUCGGCCAAGAAAAAAUCAUCGGAGCGAAAGGGAUGUUUGGGUGCUCCAGCGCAAUACUAUCUCGCAAUGUCCUCGGCUUACCCACGCGCUUCGACACGGAGUACUUCUGGAUGGCAGCACCAGACGGACUGACACUUCUUGACUACGAUUCAAAUCAGACAAAAGGUUCUUUCCACGCCAGCAGUAUGCGUGUCGGCGAACGCUUCAUCGCCGCCCCAAUACCUAGUCUAGGUCAUGACUAUCUAGAAUUUGAACCGCAUCCCCUCGUAUCAACAGAUGAACUUCUCGUGUCAUUCAUCCUGAUGGAGGUACUUCGCCGAAGUCGCUUCAAUCUCCAUACAGACUCAUCAGAUCGUUCGAAACUCUGGCGGAAUACACCACUCGCCAAUUGGGGGCGACGAUUACGACGUAGAUCUAUCUGAUCUCUUCGGCUUGAUGAUGAUUUAGAUGGUUCAUCGGUUUUCUGCUGCUUUCUUCCUUGCAUAUCUUGAUACAUGUAUAUUUGCUUUGCUCGUCCUUGCUCUCG